GGGGGGGGGUUAAUUUGACCUUGAACUUGUCACCCAUUCAUUGAAUAAUAACGUGUUAUAGUUGUUGACAGUGCUGUGUUUCUGAUAGUAGAGUGGAGUCGGUGUGAAAGUUAAUGAAAGAACCUUUCUAAAGCCACGUUUGAAAGGUAAACUUUAAAAGUGGGAACACAUAUUUGCUUUAUUUUACAGCUCAAAUAUUUGUUUUUCUUUUUUCUUCUUAGUCGAUACCUUCCGGUGUGCUUGCCAACCCCACCUCGCCCUCCCUCUCUCUCCGUUGCUGUGACGCAGCGCGGGCGGUGCACCGCCCCCUGUCGCUCCAGCUGUUCGCACCGCUGUCCGCUCACCACCGCUGCUGCUGCUGCUGCCGCCGCCGCUGCCUCUGUCGCUGUCCGCCGUCAUUUUCCAAUGCAGCAGCGACCAUGACAGGCAUCGCGGCUGCUUCUUUCUUCUCCAACGCCUGCAAGUUCGGGGGCUGCGGACUCCACUUCGACUCUCUGUCUGAGCUCAUCGUUCACAUCGAGGACAACCACAUCGACACCGACCCCCGGCUUCUGGAGAAGCAGGAGCAGCAGCAGCCGACAUACAUCGCCCUCAGUUACAUCAACAGGUUCAUGACAGAUGCUGCACGACGAGAACACGCCGCUCUGAAGAAGAAGGUGCAGCCCAAGCUGUCGCUGUCCCUGAUCGGGGGCCUGAACCGCAGCAGUGUUUCCACACCGCCUCGCCACAGCAGUGGGAACCUCACCCCUCCGGUAACGCCACCCAUCACGCCUUCCUCCUCCUUCCGCAGCAACACACCCACAGGUAGUGAGUGUGAUGAAGAGGAGGUGGACUUUGAGGAGUCUGACAGCGACGAGUCGUGGACGACAGAGAGCGCCAUCAGCUCCGAGUCCAUCCUCAGCUCCAUGUGCAUGAACGGAGGGGAGGAGAAGCCCUUCGCCUGCCCCGUCCCCGGCUGUAAGAAGAGAUACAAGAAUGUGAACGGGAUCAAGUAUCACGCCAAGAACGGCCACCGAACCCAGAUAAGGGUGCGCAAACCCUUCAAGUGCCGGUGUGGGAAGAGCUACAAAACGUCUCAGGGUCUCCGCCACCACACCAUCAACUUCCACCCACCCAUCUCUGCUGACAUCAUCCGUAAGAUGCAGCAGUAAUGAGGUGAGUGAGGGACCAGCGCUCCUUCAGGCCAACUUCUGUUCCUCCAAACACCAUCAUCACCAGCAGAAGCUGCUUCUGGUUUCCCAUCAUCCCACACACCCCGGUCCCCUCUCAAUGACUCCCUCUCUGCUGACACUAUUUUUUUUUUAAAUUGCAUGGUAUAAAUGUGUUAUUGUUUAUCUUCACUUUUAUAUUCAGUAUAUUCAAUUUUUCCAGUUUUGUAUUUUGCACAUUUGAGUUGUUUAUCUAGCAGUUUUUUUUUUAAUGUGUAUUUUCCUCCUCACUUUGGAGGAUUUGUUAGUGAAUAGCCACACGCCCAGGCGUCCUGCUUCUCAGGCAGUGUGGAAGACAAGAAACGACUGUGGCACGUUGGUCACAUGAGCCAAAACAAAUGUGAGACCAGUUCUAUCGCUGUACUCGCUCCUGUUUGCUGAUUAGUUAGAAUCCUGCCUUUUCAUAUCAUGUCCAUUAGGAACCUCCUUUCAGGUGCAUUUCCUCCAAACCCAUGUUUGAGCUCCAGAGGAUGAUCUCAGGUGACAUUCAGAAGCAUUUUCGCACCACAGACCUGCCCAGGUUUUCAUAGUAUUAAGUGGGAACAGACAGUUCACACACAGUUGACCUCACUCUUUUCCAGUGAGGAAUUGAAGCACUUUUUUCUAACAAGUUGCCAACAAUUUAGUGAUUUCUUUUUGUCUGUUUUUUGUUUGUUUGUUGUUUUUUUUUUUGCCCUGAUAGAAUUCAGUUCUGGUGUUUGUACAGAAAAACCAAGUGUUUGGAGUGAAAGUGCUCAUUUCAGAAAACAACAUCACUGCUGAGGCGUUAGUGUUAAGAAUCUAUUAUGACAGUAUUGUGCUGCCAGUGCAGAGGGAAGUCUUUGAUAUAGUGUACAGUGAAUGUAUUGUCAUGUGUUAAAGUGCAUUAUACUAUAUUUUCAUAUGUUUCUGGAUUUGGAAAAAAAAACAAUCAUAAAAUGUGUACGAUGUACUGUAUUUCUUUCAAAACGCUGCUUCAUGUAAACUUUUGUUACACUCAGAAUAAAAGUUACUUUAUUGUGUGCCUACACAUAUA